UCCUCGUAUCCGGUUUCGCUUUCGGUGCUGUACCCGCUCGCCUCGGGCUGCUAUACGGGACCCAGAAUGCUGGAAAAUAAAACAAAAGGAAAACUUCAAAAGCAGAUUUGUCAAGUUGUUUUGGAACAUUUUGAAAAGCAGUACUCGGUGGAACUGGGAGAUACAUGGACCAGUGUCAGAGAUGUACUCACAUCCCCAUUGUGCUGGCAGUAUGCUGUUCUGCUCAACAAGUUCAGCCAGCCCAGCGGCCUGGAGAGCACCUUGCUUCAGAGGGGGUAUCAUCCUGCUUUCCAAGGAAGUGUGCCCUGCCUUCCGACAUCACUUAAGUGUUACAUCAGGAGAACUCCUGGGAAGUUCCCUGCACAAAAACACCAGGCUGGUAAACUGAAAGACUAUUACCUACUGAAUGCUGCUUCACUGUUGCCAGUGCUAGCAUUGGAAGUGAAAGAUGGGGAAGACGUUUUGGAUCUCUGUGCUGCACCAGGGGGUAAAUCAGUAGCUAUACUGCAGUGUGCCUAUCCAGGUCAGUUUCACUGUAACGAAUAUGAUGAACUGAGAUCAAGAUGGUUGAAAAAGACAAUAGAAUCCUUUAUCCCGGAUCCUUUGAUUAACUUAAUAACAGUCUCUAAACUGGAUGGUAGACAGAUUGGAGAUCUUAAGCCUGAAUUCUAUGACAAGGUACUGGUUGAUGCUCCUUGUUCAAAUGACAGAAGUUGGCUCUUCUCUUCCGAUAUUCAGCAAGCUACACUUAGGUUAACACAGAGGAAAGAGUUAUCAUCUCUACAAUUCCAGCUGCUAAGGUCUGCUAUUAAAGCAUUACGUCCUGGUGGAUCGUUGGUCUAUUCUACAUGCACUCUCUCAAAGGCAGAAAACAGCGAUGUCAUAAAUCUGAUUCUCAAUUCCUGCAGUAACAUUGUGCCUGUAGACAUAAGUGAAAUGGCCAAAGCUGUUUCUCAGGAAUUCACUUUUCUCAGUGGUACGCAACAGCAUGAACUUCUGGUUCUCCCAGAGAAAGGGACAGCGUGGGGUCCCAUGUACCUAGCUAAAUUAAAGAAAAUGUAGUUGUCAUGGGUUUGUGUGGAGCCACUUUUUGCUUGGUUACAGGAAGAGGGGGCUGCAGUUCUGUCCAGUAACCAGUUCUUGAAACAUCCCCUGACUCUCAUGUGGACUCACCUCCAAGCUGACUGGGCCAAUCAGGCACCUCUGCCAUUACUAUUUAAGAAGGGAAACCUGAGCCGGAAGAGGAGGUGGAGGAGUGGUAGAAAAUGGAGGCAAUUAUGUGGAGCCCAUGGUCAGAGAAGGAGAAAGGCAGGAGGAGCGCUUUACCGGAGACCCCUCUGCAAUCCAUGGCGAGAACACAGGCUGUGCUGGAGAGCCUGUGGGCCCCAGAGACCCAUACAGGUAAUGGAGAGGAGCUGCAGCCCUCAGGAUGAACAUACGUAGGAGCAACCUGUGCAUUGUUGCCCAGUGUCUGAGGCACUUGGUGCUAGAGCAGGGAGGACCAGUGAGAAGCCUGACUGCCUUGAGCAGAGACAAAUGGCAGGAGCCAUUGGGAAAAAGACUGACUGAAACUCUCAUUCCCCGCCCUCCUGAGCCAUUCGUGGCAGGAGGAGGGGAGAACCUGAAGGGAAGGUGGCCUUAAAGGGCUGGUUGUGCUCCUCAUCAUUGUACUAUGUAUUGUUUCCCAUUUGUUAUAUUUUGGGGUUUUAUGGUUUUGGUAGUUGGUGAAUUAAAUUAAUUUCUGUUUUCUUCCCCAGGUUGCAUAGUCCUGCCUAUUUGCCUGGGACCAUAAGUGGCAAUUGAGCCCUGCCUGUCCUUAGGACAUUCCAAAGGUCGUCAGUACUUAUGGCCUAUCGUGGUCCAUUGUUCUUUGAUGGGCCUAAACCAUGACAGUAGUCCAUCUGAUGCCUGUUAGUUUUUAUAAGGGGUAUGUGAUAUAUUAAUAUUUAUUCCUAGUAUGGUAUGUGUAUAUGAACACAUCCAAGGCAAUUGAAUUUAGGGCACUGCAGUUUUGUACCAGCUGCUGCCUAAUAAACAAGAAGCUAGACGAUUAACAUAGUUUGUUUUCAAAUAAAGAAUGCAUCUUCUAAUGCAGACUUGUGGGCUUCCAUGAAGUCCUUGAGAAAUCAAGGGAUCUUUAUAUAUUUUUUUUAGUAAUGCUCUUAGAUGGAUUUAUAUCGUAGAGUAUAGGCCUGUGUGGUGUGGUUUUGCAGUUGUUUUUUGUUUGUUGUGUUUUGGAUUUUUUUAAAAUUGCUAAUUUUGUUUUAAUAGAACAUAUUUUAAAACAAAUGGUCCAAAUGAUGCCUGCUUCUGAAGUCAUGGAAAUUCUACAUUCUUUCUGAAACAAGUCUAGAAAUCUGUUUUCCUGUAAGAACUAAUUUGUAUGCAGAGUCUGUCAUCUUAAGGGCUGACUAGUCCAAGCACUGGCAAAACAUGUUUCAUUUUCUAAGUUGUUUACUGGUUGAAAACCAUCUUUUGUUUACAGUCACAAAGGUCAGCAGCAACAUCAACACCAACUUUGACUUUUUUAAAUUUCUUUUUUUAAACUUACAUUGAAAUGUUCUUAAAACAGUAGGUUUGGUUGUGUUUAUCUUUGGCACUCAGUUUGUGCAGUAUAUCCAUCAGUCUCUGGAGCAAAUAACUUGAAAAAAAAGCAGAAUGAUUAACAACCACAAUAAUGGCACAGUAUUCAGAGAGUUGUGUUACAAUAAUUACAGUCACGUCGAGCAAAACACACAAUCUGGAGGAAUGGCUUAUCUACCGAGAAGGAACGUUACGUGAAUUCAUGAUGUCAUGAUACCUGUGGGGUGUGAGGAAAGAUUAUCCCUGUGAGAACAUAUACUGAUGUUGUUUUUAGAUUCCCUCAAUUCUACUGCAUAAUAAUACAGAUAAACGUAUAGACAUACAUUCACAUGUUCCUGUGUGUGUACAUGCAGUCUGUGCCUUCCUGUACUGCCUGUGAGUUAGGUGUAAAAAUUUUUGAUCCAGUAGUGCUUGAAUUAUACCUCUAAGUGGAACAUUUAAUGAUGUGUAUAUAUUGGAUUGAAUGCUUGUCUUGAAGUUGAAUGAAGCUUUUUCAUCCCCCUCUGAGCAAAGAGGAGUCUUUUCCCUGAUGGAAGCUUAUAAUAAUUGGUUUUAAGGAAUGGUGUUUUAAAGAACAGAUUUUUUUU